AGGCUCAAGAACCGAAUGCAAAUUGAAAUCUAUUUAGUAUUCAUGUCGUUCAAAACAAUCAAAUUACGAAUAAAAGUCACAAUAACAUAUUUUUAAUACCGACUGUCUGUUAUCUUUAAGCGAUUACCUGUAGCUUUUACUUUGAAAACUUUGGUUUUUGUUCAGUUAUGUGUUCUACGUGUGCAUUCGUCGUGAACUGACUGAAGAUUGCAGGAUUUGAACUAUGGAAGGAAACGCUGAUGGCGACAGAGAAAGAGCCAUAUUAGCAGUUGAUAACGGAGCCGCAGAAGGUGAUGGAGACAGAGGAAGGUAUAGCAUGAUGGUACGUUGUGCAUCACAGUCAUCUCUAGAUGAAUCAUCACAGCGGCCUGCCACCACUGAAAAUACCAUUGGAGGAGCUCAACAUGCAUCAAAGUUGCUUGAGGCCUUGGCGAGGUUGAGGCAAGAUGCAACACUCUGUGAUGUUCGGAUACAGGCCCAAGCGGAAUGCGACAGCGAGCCAUCCGAAGGCGUAUGGGCUCAUCGCGCGGUACUGGCGGCUUCAUCGCCCUACUUCCACGCUAUGUUCACACAGUUCGACGAAAGAACGCAACCCACUGUCACUAUUCAGAAUGUAGAGCCCCAAGCUUUAGAAGCCAUCAUUGAAUACAUUUACAAACCAGACUCACUGGUCAUCACCGAAGAUAAUGUACAGAGCGUGCUGUCGGCGGCGUCGCUGCUGCAGGCGGGCGGGGUGCGCGAGGCGUGCUGCUCGUUCCUGGCGAGCGUGCUGUCCCCGGACAACGCGCUCGGCAUCCGCGCCUUCGCCGACCUGCACGUGUGCGCCGACCUCGCCGUCUGCGCCGCCAGAUACCUCGACGCGCACUUCCUCGAGGUGUUGGAAACAGAAGAGUUUUUGGCUUUAGCGCCGGACACACUCGCUCAACUACUGGACAGCGACCGCAUCACUGUUCCAAACGAAGAAGUAAUAUUAGAUGCAGUACUAAGAUGGAUGCAGCAUGAUGCCGAGUCUCGUCAGCAACAUUUGGGCAUGCUGCUGGAGCACGUGCGGCUGCCGCUGCUGGCCCAGGAUGCCCUGGUCGCGAGGGCUAACGCAGAACCAUUGGCCAGCGCCGGGCUAAGGGUUAAGGAUCUGGUGAUCGAGGCGCUGUCCUUCCACCUGAUGCGGCCCGAGCACCGCGCCGCCGCCGCGCAGGCCAGCGCGCGCGCCCGGCCCCGACAGCCGCCGCGCUCGCCCAAGAUGCUGCUAGUAGUCGGCGGACAGGCACCGAAGGCCAUCCGCGACGUGGAGGCCUACCAUCUUGAGUGUGGUCGGUGGAGACCCUGCGCAGAACUACUCACGAGGAGGUGCAGGGCUGGCCUGGCCGUACUCCACGGGAAGGUCUAUGCUAUUGGUGGUUUUAAUGGCACCCUGCGCGUCCGCAGCGUGGACGUGUACGACGUGUGCGCGGACGCGUGGGCGAGCGGGCCCGCGCUCACGGCGCGCCGCUCCACGCUGGGGGUGGCCGUGCUGGGGAACCUCAUCUACGCGGUCGGCGGAUUUGACGGAGCUACCGGCCUAAAUUCGGCGGAGGUGAUGGACCCUCGCGAGGGUGUCUGGAGAACUAUCGCCUCCAUGUCCACACGCCGAUCCUCUGUAGGAGUCGCCGUGUUGGAGGGGAAACUGUAUGCCGUCGGAGGGUACGAUGGAGCUUCUAGACAGUGCUUGCAAACUGUCGAAAGGUACGAUCCGUGCUCGGAUUCAUGGGAGAUGGUGGGCGAGAUGUCGGCCCGUCGGUCCGGCUGCGGCGUGGGGGUGGUGGAGGGGGCGCUGUACGCGGUGGGGGGCCACGACGGGCCAGCCGUCCGCCGGUCCGUAGAGCGGUACCGUCCCGCCACGGGCUGGGCGCCCGCGCCCCCCAUGCAUACGGCGCGCAGAAACGCCGCCGUGGCCAUGCACGCAGGGAAGUUGUAUGUCGUGGGGGGCGACGACGGGGCUGCCAAUUUGGAUACAGUUGAGGUGUUCGACCCGGCCACGGACACGUGGACCCUGCUGCCGGGCAGCAUGUCCGUGGGCCGCUCGUACGCCGGCGUGGCCGUGGUGGAGCGAGCUGCCUGAUGCCGCGCCCCGCCUCCCGCGCACGUGCUGCCCGAGCCCAGCUACGCCAACGUGGCCAUGUUCGGCAGCUCCGCGGGGGCGGGGACUCGCUGGAGGCCGGUCUACCUGCACAGGACCCUCAGGUCUGACGCCAACUCG